GUACUGAAGAAAACUUUAAGCUGCCCUGUCUGCUGCUGCCUGGAGUCCUGCCCCUGGAGUUCAAAAUACAAUCAUUUCCACCAUGGCCUCUACAGCUUUAAGAGCAGUGCUAAAAACAAAGAUAUCACUUAAAACUGGACGCAUGUGUUAUUCCUCCUCCUCAGUACCAACUGUUAAGCUUUUCAUAGAUGGGAAGAUUAUUGAUUCAAAGACCUCCGAAUGGCUGGAUGUUCACAAUCCUGCCACCAAUGAGGUGAUCGCCCGUGUACCUAAAGCCACACAAGAGGAGAUGCUAGCGGCGGUAAACUCCUGCUCCAGAGCCUUUCACACUUGGUCCGAAACCUCCAUCUUGGCCAGACAGCAGGUGUUUCUGCGAUAUCAACAGCUUAUCAAGGACAACAUUAAAGAACUUGCAAAGAACAUCACAUUUGAGCAGGGAAAAACUCUGGCAGAUGCAGAGGGUGAUGUAUUUAGAGGAUUGCAGGUUGUGGAGCAUGCCUGCAGCAUUACCUCUUUGAUGCUGGGUGAGACUCUCCCUUCCAUCACUAAAGACAUGGACACUUACACCUAUCGCCUGCCCCUUGGAGUAUGUGCUGGUAUUGCUCCUUUCAACUUCCCUGCCAUGAUUCCCCUGUGGAUGUUCCCCAUGGGGAUGGUCUGCGGUAACACAUAUCUCUUAAAGCCGUCUGAGCGGGUCCCCUCUUGUGCUAUGCUGCUAGCCAAGAUGUUACAGGACGCUGGUGCUCCAGACGGGACACUUAAUAUUAUCCAUGGCCAACAUGAUGCUGUAAACUUCAUCUGUGACCAUCCAGCUAUUAAAGCAAUCAGCUUUGUUGGCUCAAAUCAAGCUGGGGAAUAUAUUUAUGAGAGGGGAUCCAAAAAUGGAAAGAGAGUCCAGUCCAACAUGGGAGCAAAGAACCAUGGUGUGGUGAUGCCAGAUGCAAACAAAGAGAACACAUUGAAUCAGCUUGUAGGUGCUGCGUUUGGUGCAGCCGGUCAGCGUUGUAUGGCCUUGUCCACAGCCAUCCUGGUGGGAGAGGCCCGGAGCUGGCUGCCUGAGCUGGUGGAGCGAGCCAAGGCUCUGCGUGUGAACGCAGGAGACCAACCCGGUGCAGAUGUCGGGCCCCUGAUCUCUCCCCAGGCCAAGGCCAGAGUGAACAGUCUGAUUCAGAGUGGGGUGGAUGAGGGAGCUCAGGUUCUCUUGGACGGCCGAGAUGUGAAGGUCAAGGGGUAUGAGAAUGGCAAUUUUGUGGGACCAACCGUCUUAGGCAAUGUCACACCCAAGAUGAAGUGCUACACUGAGGAGAUCUUUGGCCCAGUGCUGGUUGUUCUUGAGGCAGAGACUCUUGACGACGCCAUCAAAAUGGUCAACGGGAAUCCCUAUGGCAACGGGACUGCUAUUUUCACUACAAAUGGAGCCACUGCACGCAAAUACACUCACGAGGUGGACGUGGGCCAGGUUGGAGUGAAUGUGCCUAUCCCUGUUCCACUGCCAAUGUUCUCUUUCACUGGCUCAAGAGGGUCCUUCAGAGGAGACAUGAACUUUUAUGGAAAGCAAGGAAUCCAGUUCUACACACAGAUCAAAACUGUCACUUCACAAUGGAAAGCUGAAGAUGCUACACUGAAAAGUCCUGCUGUUACCAUGCCAACAAUGGGACGCUAAUGCUAAGUAAAAUGUUUUAAAAUGUUUAAAAAACUUCUUAAUAUGGCCGUCACAUACUGAUUUAACAUCACUAUGUCGCUGUAUAGCAGAAUAACAAGGACUCAAAUGACUUAAGAAAUUUUGUACAAUAAAAGCUCUAAUUCUUAAUCCUACAAUACUGAUUUCUAUAGUGUUACUUAAUGUAUCCACAAUACUUUGCAUUGGAAAAGCUGUGUAGAAUCGCAUUUCUAGUCAUUUAAUAAAACAGAUU